AGUGGCGCUAUGCCAGGGACGCUCCUGCCCCCGAGAUCAAACCGGCAGCACGCACAGAUGGAUCGCCCAUCUGCGUCCCGGCCGGACCUCUACCUGAUUACCGAUCACGAUACUGUCUAUGAACAAGACUUGCUGCGCGAAGUCGGAAGCAUUAAGCCAUGGUUGGCCUACAUCGAAUUCAAGCAGCAGAAUGGCACGCUUUAUGAGCAAGCAUUUAUCAUGGAGCGUGCUUGCCGACAAUUGCCUCGGUCAUACAAGUUGUGGAAGAUGUACCUCGAGUUUCGAACAAAGCACCUUAAAGGCCGCAAUCCGACUGUCUACCGCGCGGAAUUUCUGAAGGUGAACGCCCUUUUCGAACGAGCUUUGAUUCUUCUCAACAAGAUGCCUCGUAUCUGGGAGAUGUACCUCACAGUUUUGAUGCAACAGCCCAUGGUGACACAAACACGGCGCACCUUCGAUCGGGCUCUUCGUGCAUUGCCAGUCACCCAGCACAACCGAAUCUGGCGACUGUACAAGGGCUUUGCACGAUCUGCAUCUGGGCAAACCGCUGUGAAGAUCUGGGCCAGGUACAUGCAAAUCCAUCCCGAGAAUGCCGAGGAAUACAUCGAUAUCUUGGUUGAAAUGGGUGAAUAUACGGAAGCUGUCAAGGUCUUUAUGGAAAUUCUGGACAACCCGCGGUUCGAAUCGAAGCAAGGCAGGAGCAAUUUCCAGCUUUGGACCGAGAUGGUUGACUUGUUAGUCUCCAAGGCCAAGCAGAUCGAAACAGGCCCACAAGUGGGAAUUGAUGUGGACGCCAUUCUGCGAAGUGGCAUUGAUCGAUUUGCAGAUCAACGAGGAAAGCUGUGGGCCGGCCUGGCGACGUACUGGAUUACCCGGGGUAACUUCGAAAAGGCACGCGAUGUGUUUGAGGAGGGGAUUACUACCGUUAUGACGGUCCGUGAUUUCACCUUGAUCUUUGAUUCAUAUGUCGAAUUUGAGGAAUCAAUCAUCGGUAGCCUGAUGGAAGCUGCAGCUGUUCGUUCCGAAAAGGGCAAACUCGACGAGGAAGCUGACUUUGAUCUCGACUCACGAAUGCUGCGCUUUGAGCAAUUAAUGGAUCGACGACCAUUCCUGGUCAAUGACGUUCUUUUGCGACAGAACCCUAACAACGUCAUCGAAUGGGAGAAGAGGGUGGGUUUGUGGGGAGACAACAAACAAGAAGCCGUCAACACAUACACCGCAGCUAUCGCAGCUAUCAACCCCAAGAAAGCCCAUGGCAAAUUCUCCGAGCUGUGGGUCAACUAUGCCAAGCUCUAUGAGAAUGGUGGAGACCUGGGAACCUCCCGAGUCAUUUUCGAAAAAGCUGUCAAGGUCCCCUUCAAAUCCGUGGGCGAACUGGCCGAGACAUGGUGUGAAUGGGCCGAGAUGGAGCUUCGUGCAGAGAACUUCGAUCAAGCUGUUGACAUCAUGGCCAAGGCCACUCAAGCUCCGAAGAAGUCUACUGUAGAUUUCUUCGAUGAGACUCUGUCUCCGCAACAGCGAAUCCACAAGAGUUGGAGGCUGUGGAGCUUCUAUGUCGAUCUUGUUGAAAGUGUGUCCUCAUUGGACGAGACAAGAAAGGUCUAUGAGCGCAUCUUCGAGCUUCGCAUUGCAACGGCGCAGACUGUCGUCAAUUACGCUAAUCUGCUGGAAGAGAAUGAAUACUUCGAAGAUUCUUUCAAGAUUUACGAGCGUGGUCUAGAUCUCUUCACCUACCCCGUUGCCUUUGAACUUUGGAAUCUCUAUCUGACCAAGGCCGUGGAUCGCAAGAUUGGAAUCGAAAGACUCCGCGACCUUUUCGAGCAAGCCUUAGAUGGCUGCCCACCAAAGUUUGCCAAGCCUCUUUACUUGAUGUAUGGAAAUCUGGAAGAGGAGCGAGGUCUUGCACGACACGCGAUGCGUAUUUAUGAGCGUGCAACUCGGGCUGUUUCCGAUGAGAAUCGGUUCGAAAUGUUCGAGUUUUAUAUCACCAAGUCCGCCUCGAACUUUGGUCUCACAUCCACCAGACCUAUCUACGAGCGUGCAAUUGCAGCUCUGCCCGACCAGGAAGCCAAGGAGAUGUGUCUCAAGUUUGCCGAGAUGGAACGUAGGCUGGGUGAAAUCGACCGAGCCCGUGCGAUUUACGGCCACGCCUCGCAAUUCUGCGACCCUCGCACGAAUGCUCCCUUCUGGCAGAAAUGGGAAUCUUUCGAAGUACAACACGGAAACGAGGACACAUUCAAGGAGAUGCUUCGCAUCAAGAGAAGUGUCCAGGCUCAAUACAACACCGAUGUCAACUUCAUUGCUUCACAGGCCCUUGCACGCAGUCAACAACGCCCUGAUGGCGAGCAAGGCGAGAAUGGCGAUGAAGAUGCAGGCCAGGCAAAUGCCAUGGCUGCUAUUGAACGCCAAGCUCGUGCCCCCGUGGGUUUUGUUGCUGCUAGCACUGGCCCAGAGGGUGGUAACCGUCCUCCGCCCGCUGGCGCAGCAGCCCCCGCAGCCCCAGCCAACCCCGAUGCUAUCGAUCUUGAUGAUGAUAUGGAUGAGUAG